AUGGGUUCAGCACUUUCAACGUUAAUGGACCUCCGGAACUCCAUGUCCAUGGUGCCCCAUCCGUUCAUCAGCGGUGAUAGAAGUCCACAGUCUCUGGUUGUGCCAGGUACAGAAACAGAAACAACAUCUGGAGUUUAUCGUCACAGUAAGGUAUAUCAUGAGGAGGAUUACCAGAAACUGGUUAAAGAAUACCAUUCUGGGAUGAAUUGUGUGCAAAUUCUAGAAAAGCAACACAGAGAGUUGACCACACGCCCUGCUGUUGCCUACCGUCCACUUGAGAAAGUGGAACAUCGUCCAGUGGAUACGUCAGAUGGUAAACACCGCAUGUUUGAUUAUUUUCACUAUGGUGAACGUAAGGUCUUAACCUAUGGUGAUUUAUGGCGUCAAAUUACUUUAUUUGGUGCUGGACUGCGGGAAAUUGGUUUACCCGAGAAGAGUAUGAUUACUAUUUAUGAAGAGACACGAUGGGAGUGGUUGGUGUGUAUUUAUGGUAUUUGGACACAAAAUAUGAUUGCCUCAACGGUGUAUGUAAAUCUCGGCGAAGAUGCUCUUACCUACGCCCUCAGUGAGACAAGCUCUGCUGCUAUCUUUUGCAGUGCAAAUACCAUGCAUACAUUAUUACCACUCCUCCGUGCUCAAAACUUAAGUCCUACUAUUAUCUAUGUGGAUAAUCUACCUAAUGAUGUAGACCUAGAAGGAUUUCAAGUUAUUGGAUGGAAUGAACUUUUGGAACGGGGUGAAAAAUCUAAUUAUACAGCAACUGUUCCAACAGAUAAUAAUGCGGAUGCUCUCGUAAUGUAUACAAGUGGAACUACAGGAAAUCCAAAAGGUGUUGUACAUACGCAUGGUUCUCUUGCCUCUGGUAUUGUGGCACUGGAUCAGCGACUAAGUGACAUCUACACAGGUAAUGGUGUGGAAGAUGUUUAUUGUGCUUACUUACCCCUAGCACAUAUUCUUGAAUUCGGUAUUGUAAAUAUCUUUUUAAAACGUGGUAGCCUUGUAGGAUUUUGUAAUCCUCGUACCCUUACGGAUGAGUAUGCUAUUCCACAUGGAGACUUUAAAGAGUUUAGGCCACGAAUCGUUAUUGGAGUCCCUCGUGUAUUUGAUACAAUUAAGAAGGGUGUUGCGGCUAAAUUGCCCCAACCGGGAACACUGAAGAGAAAGAUAUUUGAUAAGGCCUACGCCACACGUCUACGUGCAUUGCAGAAAUAUCAAGAUACUCCUUACUGGAAUAAAGCCGUAUUUAAAAUGUGUUUUGAGGCCAUUGGUGGAAGAGCGUAUUCCAUGCUCUCCGGUGGUGGUCCACUCAGCGCAGAAACACAAACGUUUAUGGAUGUCUGCUUUGGAGGACCCAUGUUGAUUCAAGGUUGGGGUCUCACCGAGACUGUUUGCUGUGGCACCACACAACGAUUAAAUUACAUUGAGGUAAAUGAUGUUGGACAGCCAGUUGUGACGGCAGAGUUGAAACUACUCGACACGGCGGAGUACAAACACACAGAUAAGCCAGAACCCCGUGGAGAGAUUUUACUGCGGGGUCCUUUUCUGUUUAAAGGAUACUACAAGCAGGAGGCCCUCACACGUGAGGCAAUUGAUGAGGAUGGAUGGUUCCACACAGGAGAUGUUGGUAGUAUGUCGUCGAACGGAACCCUUCGUCUCAUUGGCCGUGUAAAGGCAUUGGCAAAGAAUGUGUUGGGAGAGUACAUUGCAUUAGAGACAUUGGAGGCUAUUUAUAGUCAACACGAUGUGUGUAUUACUGGCGGUGUUUGUGUUUUGGUCGAUCCUGCUCGUGCCUACAUUACAGCACUUGUGUUAACGGAACCUCCGCGGGCUCUGAAGUUCGCUGAGGCGAAUGGUAUUAAAGGAUCAUAUGAGGAACUUUUGCAGAAUGAAGUUUUUCACGCUAAAGUGGCAGAGGCGUUAGCGGCGAUUGCGAAGAAGGCGGGGCGGAAACCGUUUGAGUUAGUGCGAUAUGUGCGCGUGUUGGGAGAUACGUGGACACCAGAGAAUGGUCUCGUGACUCCAACCUCCAAACUGCGCCGCAGUAAUAUUGAUAAACACUACGCUGACAUAAUUAAAGAGCUGUUCGCACCGGAGAAGUAA